AUGCCAGCUCUCAAAAUAACAGACACCCUUCCCCUCCCCCAAUCAACCGUGCAUAUCCCCCGCCUCGGAUUCGGCGUGUACCGCAGCCACGGCGACGAUUGCGUCCAGAGUACCCUCACAGCCCUCAAGACGGGAUACCGACACAUCGACUCCGCCCAGUUCUAUGGCAAUGAGAAGGAAGUCGGCGAGGCAUUUCGGCAGUCCGGCCUGAGACGGGAUGAAGUCUUUAUAACCACCAAGAUCAUGAGUCCCGGCGGAUCGCCGCAGGCAACCUACGAAAAGAUUGUGGAGAGCAUAGACAAGAUUUCUGGAGGAGACAAAGAUGGCUUUGUCGAUCUGUUUCUGAUUCAUAGUGCCAAAUCGGGCUCGUCCGGCAGAAAGGAGUUGUGGCAGGCGCUCGAAAGAGUGUUGGAGGAAGGUAGGACGAAGAGUAUUGGUGUGAGCAAUUAUGGGGUUGGGCACAUGGAGGAGAUGAAGAGUUAUGCGAAGAUUUUUCCGCCUCAUAUCAAUCAGAUUGAGCUCCAUCCAUGGUGUCAACAACGUCAGACUGUACGAUACUGCCAACAGCAUGGUAUCAUCAUCGAGGCUUAUUGUCCUCUUGUCCGCGGUAACAAGGCCAAUGAUCCUACACUAGUGUCCCUGGCGCAGAAAUACGGAAAGACUACUGCCCAGGUAUUGGUCCGGUAUAGUCUACAAAAGAACUGGGUUCCGCUACCCAAGAGCUCAAACCCCGAGCGAAUUGCCGCCAACGCUGAUGUAUUUGACUUUGAGGUUCGUCAGGAGGACAUGGAUGUUUUGGAUGGAUUGGAUCAGGGCGCCGCGGGGGCUAUCGUCGAAGCGGUGGACGAUUAUUAG